AUGUCCCCCUCUCUCUUAACCUUUCAGGUUUUUUUUGCCGUCAUAUGCCUCUUUCUAGCCGUUUACCGAGUUCGACGAAAGAGUUCAUCCAAUCUCUCCUUUCCCCCUGGCCCCAAGGGCUUGCCGGUGCUAGGUAACCUGCUCGACCUCAACGGCAGUGAGCCAUGGAUUAGCUUCACUCAGUGGGCAUCGACACGCGGGGACGUCAUCUACUGUAAGCUGUUCGGACGGCAAAUUGUUGUUCUACAAUCGCAGGAAGUUGCCAAAGCACUAUUGGAGAAUCGCUCUAGUAUUUAUUCUGACAGGCCACCAGUCUAUAGCACAAAGGCAACCGGAUCUGAGUUUAACAGUGCCCAGUUAAGAUAUUCUGAUGAAUGGAGAUUGCAUCGACGAAUUUUCCAUCAAUCAUUCCGACCUGAGGCGGCAAAAGAUUACUUGCCUCUUCAACUUCGCAAAGCUCAUCAGCUGUUGCAGGGCAUCAUAGAAGCCCCCGAGCACUACCAGCGCCACAUUGAACUUUUCGCCUCUUCCGUGAUCAUGUCUGCUGUAUACGAUUACGAGGCCAAGCCGAAUGACGACCCGCUUUUACUUGCCGCUGACAAGGCGAUCAAGAUAUUUAUAGAGCUGGCGAGCCCCCAGACUUCGGCCAUCCUGGAGUCAUUUCCGUUUCUGCUGAGAUUGCCUUCUUGGUUUCCCGGAGCGAGUUUCAAAAGACUUGCUAUCCAAUCACAAAGGAAUGCUGCCACCAUGGUCAACGUCCCGUUUCACUAUGCACGAGAACGCGCAUGUAUGAUUUCGGAGUCUUUCAAGCGGUUGGAAACGCAUGGUAAUGCGGACGAAUUCGAGCUUGCAUUGAAGUCGUCUUCUGCUACAGCAUUCAUUGGUAUGACACGGUUUAUCUCUCGAACUGCGUCAACGCUCACUGUCUUUGUUCUUGCAAUGAUGCUCUAUCCAGAUGUACAGAAACGUGCACAGGAGGAGAUUGAGGCAGUUAUAGGUGACCAACUUCCUACAUUUCAAGACCGGCCUUCGUUGCCGUAUGUAGAAGCAGUCUUGCGCGAGACGCUUAGAUGGCAUCCAGUGUUCCCUCUUGGUUUACCGCAUUACACUACGGACAGUGAUGUGUACAAUGACCAUUACAUCCCCAAAGGCAACUGCUACAGGGCCAUGUCAAAGGACGAAAUAAAAUACCCGAACCCUGAUGAAUUCAAACCAGAGAGGUUUUUCAUGGCUGAUGGACAAUUGAACGACGACACUUGUGUUGGAAAGUACUUCGCUGAUGCUUCCUUGUGGAUUUCCAUAGUAUCUCUGCUAGCAACAUUCCGUUUCAUGAGACCAUUGGACAAUGAAGGGAAAGAAGUAGACCCUGUCUUCCAAUGGUCCACCGGACUCAUUUCACACCCCAAAUCUCUUCCUUGCCGUGUUGUUCCCCGAUACCCGGGCAUGACUGCACGUAAGCUUGCAGACGUAAUAGACGUCAGCGCAUGA